ACCGACUCAUGUUCCACAACGUUCCUACAUUUCUCGUUUUGUGCACAGACUGUUUUUAGAAUAAUCAGAAAAACUGUGAAUAUAUAAUACGAAUACAAUAUUUUUGGUAUAAUUGUUUUCCAUCUCUGUGUACAAUACAUUUUGUGUACCGCCCAACGUUGUAGUUCUGGGCAUGUAGAGCUUCUUUUGUUGCUGUACCGCAUUAUCGCUUGUUAGUUUGCAAAUGUAGGAGGGUCUGCACUUCCUAUUUUAGUUUUACAGUAACAAUUACAGUCUCAGACGAUGUCGGACACAUGGAGCAACAUUCAGGCACACAAGAAGCAGCUGGAUUCGCUUCGAGAAAGACUCCAACGACGACGGAAAGACCCCACGCAACUUGCUGCAGAGGUGGGCGGCAGCUCAGACGGGGCUACAACCAGAAGUGACAGCCCUGGACCGUCCGUCCUGAGCCCCCAACCGGAGGAGUCAGAGCGCCCGCCGGACCCUGAGCUGGAGAAGAGGCUGCUUGGUUACCUCUCUGACCUCAGUCUCUCACUCCCCACAGACUCCCUGACCAUCACCAAUGACCUCAACACGUCAGAAACUCCAGUCACUCAAGGCUGCAUCCAAAGCCUUCUCCUCAAGUUCUCUGCCCAGGAGCUGAUAGAAGUCCGACAACCUUCCCAGGUCUCUUCAUCCUCGACAUCGUCCUCGCCCUCCACUCUGGUCAUCUCCGUGGACCACACUAAACUUUGGGCCAUGAUGGGGGGCGGGGCCAUAGCCCAUAGAGCUGGAGUUAAGAGGAAAGCAGAGGACCAAAUUCACCAUAACAGAGUACCAGGCUCCUCCCCUUCUCUUCAGAGCCCACCCUCCCCUCCGCCCACAUCCUCCAUCUCCCUGGCGCCAGCUUCCUCCUCCCAGAUGGCCGGGUCCUCUGGCGGUGGAGGAGGCGGGGCGGAUAAGAAGGGAAGGACCAAUAAGGGGCCGUCGUCUCACCUGGACAUGGAGAUAGAAAACCUCCUGAACCAACAGUCCACCAAGGAGCAGCAGUGCAAGAAGGUGAGCCGAGAGAUCCUGGAGCUGUUGAACACCAGCACAGCCAAGGAGCAGUCCAUCGUCGAGAAGUUCCGAUCGCGGGGGCGGGCUCAGGUCCAGGAGUUCUGUGACCACGGGACCAAGGAGGAGUGUGUCAGGUCCGGGGACACACCCCUGCCCUGCACCAAGCUACACUUCAGGCGGAUCAUCAACAAGCACACAGACGAGAGCCUGGGCGACUGCUCCUUCCUUAACACAUGCUUCCACAUGGACACCUGCAAGUACGUCCACUACGAGAUCGACGCCCCCCCGGAGAUGGAAGGGGGUCUCCUGGGCCCCCAGGGAGCGGCGGCGGAGCUGGGGCUACACCAGGGGGACGCCGACAGCAAUGUGGGGAAACUGUUCCCCUCACAGUGGAUCUGCUGUGACAUCCGUUACCUGGACGUGUCCAUCCUGGGGAAGUUUGCCGUGGUGAUGGCCGACCCCCCCUGGGACAUCCACAUGGAGCUGCCCUACGGAACACUGACGGACGAUGAGAUGCGCAAGCUCCACAUCCCCUUGCUCCAGGACGACGGCUUCCUUUUCCUCUGGGUGACUGGCAGGGCUAUGGAACUGGGCAGAGAGUGUCUCAAUCUUUGGGGCUAUGAGCGUGUUGAUGAGAUCAUCUGGGUGAAGACGAAUCAGUUACAGAGAAUCAUCCGUACUGGAAGGACUGGUCACUGGCUCAACCAUGGGAAGGAGCACUGCUUAGUUGGUGUGAAGGGAAAUCCCCAGGGAUUCAACAGAGGGCUGGACUGUGAUGUCAUCGUUGCUGAGGUGCGCUCCACUAGUCACAAGCCGGAUGAGAUCUAUGGGAUGAUCGAGAGACUGUCGCCAGGGACCAGGAAGAUUGAGCUCUUUGGUCGCCCCCACAACGUUCAGCCCAACUGGGUCACCCUUGGCAACCAGCUGGAUGGAAUUCACCUCUUGGACCCUGAUGUUGUGGCUCGCUUCAAGAAGCAAUACCCCACUGGGGUCAUCUCCAAACCCAAAAACAUGUAGGGAUCAUGUGGCCGUCAUCUCCUGCCCUGAGUCAUGUGAUGAGCCAAGUAGCCAAUGACAACCCAGGAAAGGACAGUUUUGUUGGUCAGCUACUGACUGCCUUUCAUGUUAGGUUUGUUUUUUUUAUAUAUUUUUUUUACUGGUUUCAAUGUUUUUGUAGUAAAAAUAAUUGGGAGUACGUUUGUCUAUGACAUGUAGAUUGCAAAAGAUGAACUGAGAAAGAAUAAACGUCUGUCAUAAAUCUG